AACAAUAAAAAAAUAAACAAACAAACAAGCAUCACAGUUUAGAAGCAAAAUAACCAAAUGACGCAGCGGCGAAGCGCGAGCCGAACUUAGCCACCGCGACUGCGCGCAAGCUGGUCCAUAACAAAAGGGAGGAGGGGGGAGGUCCCCACGCAUUUGCCUCACUUAACAGUUUGCCCCCAAUGGGGAUAAGCCCCUUCCAGGGAAGGGCACACAGCCAAGUACCUUCGCCUGCCGUCUCGCAGAAGGGGAAAGAUAAAAAAAGAAAACCCAUUGCAUCAUAGUGUAGCACUUCACAGUAGGGAGGAGCCCCAAUUGAGAGAACCCCCGCAGGGCAAGUUAGCACCACGUUUGUACCACCCCAAUGAAUGAAGCGCAGGAUGCGUUUUUAAUUGACGUUCCUUUCUGUGCUAAUCCGUUUUGCCUACCAUAUUCGUGUUUCCCCCCCUGGGGCUGUGGCAAUGUGUUAGCCUAGCCAAAGGGGGUGCACCACUUGUCCGCGCGUUUACCUUCAAAUGGGGGAAGCUCUCCGUUAGCAGACACGUGGGUCAGCCGUAGCUGGGCAGUAGUUUAGCAGCUGUUGCGCGCCGCGAGUCGCAGCGGAAGAGAGCUCAGCGGAAGUUCUCUACCCCCCCCUGUGGUGAUAAAACGCAUCAUCAUCAGUACUGCCUUUCCCCUGCUGAGCCAACCCGGAUGAAGAAAGAUAGCCGCGCCGGAGAGACGAGGGAAACCCCCCCCGGAAAGACGCACAUAGAAAAGUACCAUGCAAACCCAUUCACAAACUCGAAGGAAGAUUACUAUAAUGAAAAAACGCUUAGAAUCAUAUGCUCCAUACUGUUGUGUAAAAAUAUAAAAAGGGUAGACUGUGCAGUGCUAGAUUUGCUGUUUAAUUUUUUUAUAAAAAUGGUGAAGACGAUCGGGAUGAAUUGCAGGAGGUUCUCCUCCCUCAGAGGAAGUGUCGUUGUGAAUUACAUAGACAUUAAGCAUUGCGCCAAAUUGGCUUUAACUAAUUUGUAUGAGGAAAUUUACACGAUGAGCAAUUUGAAUGACCUCUUUGAAAGCCUCCCAUAUGAGGUGGAAGAGCAGGAUGAUGCGGCAAAAAAAAAAAAUCACAACUAUAUUAACGUUUUGCAAAACUCCUAUUUAUACUACAAACAGCUGUGUAUGAAACAGAGGGAAAAAUACGACUCGAUGGAAAACUUGGAUGGGACGAUGAACCCCUUGGACAGUCUACACAACAUGACCAACAUGAGCUAUCUCACCAUUGGGAACAACUCUUCAUCAAAUGAAAAUGUAAAUGUUUUAUUUUUAAACGAAAAUAUAGAUAUUGAAAAGUACAAAGAAAUUAUGAAAUUGAAAAAAAAAUAUGUACAUGAUCAUAUGCCCAUUAUUCCACUGUCCCUAAAUCGGAAAGAAAAAAAAACGGGACUUUACAAUGACAAGGCGGAUUACUACGAGGAGUUAUCUUCUUCCCACAGCUCUUCCGUCAACUCCUCAUCGUCUUCUUCGUCCGAGUCGUCCCGUCCCUCCAGUGAUGAUUCGGAGUUCUUCCACCACAUGGGUGAAAACGGCUCUGAGGGAAAAAGACUUGAGAGCCACACGAAGGACGACAUGGGGCAGGAGAAAAUGCAGGUGUUGAGUCUCCUGCCCAAGCUACGGGACAUAUACAUGCAGAAGGGGCAGCGCGCGCGCCAAGGGGGGGACCCGCAGGCCCCUGCCGAGUGCCUGUUUAAUUCUCUGAAUAUUUUCGGGGCCCCCGACGGGGGCGGCCCCUAG